AUGCCGCCGGUGGACGAUGGGUUCGAAGCCCUUCUGGAGCCCUUUUACAACGGCAAGAAGCUCACGGAUCCGGUCAACACCAAGGACGACAAAUUCCAGCUUCUGCCCGCGUUUCUCAAAGUCAAAGGCCUCGUCAAACAGCACAUCGACUCGUACAACUUCUUUGUCGAACAAGAGAUCAAGGACAUCGUCCGCGCCAAUCGCAUGGUCCGAAGCGACGUCGACAGCAACUUUUGGCUAGAGUUCACAGACAUUCGCGUCGAUCGCCCUCGUCGUCAGGACCACAACGAUGCCAAAUCCCGGAGCCCAGUCACUCCCAUGGAGUGUAGGCUUCGAGACAUGACCUACGCCGCCCCCAUCGUGGUGGAUAUCCAGUACAUCAGGGACAAGCAAAAGAUUAUUCGCAAAAACGUGCCCCUCGGACGAAUGCCCGUCAUGUUGAAAAGCUCAAAGUGUCGGUUGGGCGGUGCCAAUAACGCGCAGAUGGAAGCCAUGAACGAGUGCCCGCUCGACCCCGGCGGCUACUUCAUCAUCAACGGCACGGAAAAGGUCAUUCUGAUCCAGGAGCAGUUGAGCAAGAAUCGUGUCAUUGUCGAAGCCGACGAGAAGAACAACGUCAUCUCCGCCUCCGUCACCAGCUCCACCCACGAGCGCAAGUCCAAGACGUACGUUACCCUCAAAAAGGACAGAAUCGUCAUGACGCACAAUGUCUUGGUCGAGGGCAUUCCCAUCGUCAUCAUACUCAAGGCCUUGGGGGGCCUGUCCGACUACGAAAUCAUGCAGCUCGUGGCCGGGUCGGAUGGGAGAUAUCAGGACGAGUUUGUCAUCAACUUUGACGAGGCCACGCGAGCAGCCGUCUUUACCCAGCACCAGGCUUUGGAAUACAUUGGCUCAAGGGUAAAGAUGGGUUCGCGAAGGGCCAUGUUUGGCCCCCAGCUCCGUCGCAACAAUGUUGAAGAAGGCCUGGAUGCCCUGGCCAACCUGGUCAUUGCCCACGUGCCCAUCGAGGGCCUCGACUUUUACCCCAAGGCCAUCUACGUUGCCAUGAUGACCAGGCGAGUCCUGAUGGCGUCGAAAAACCCCAAGCUGGUCGACGACAGGGAUUUCGUCGGAAACAAGCGACUUGAGCUGGCCGGACAGUUGCUAUCGCUCCUAUUCGAAGACUUGUUCAAGAGAUUCAUCGUCGAGGUUAAGAUGUCCAUUGACAAAUUCCUCAAAAAAAACAACCGAGCCGUACCCCUUGACGCCGUCCACAUGAUCAGCAACCAUGCAAACAACAUCGGCAUGGGCAUCAACCGGGCCAUCCAGACCGGCAACUGGAGCGUGAAGCGGUUCAACAUGAACAGGGCCGGCGUCACGCAUGUACUCAGCCGACUGAGCUACAUCAGCGCUUUAGGAAUGAUGACUCGAAUCAGCUCGCAGUUCGAGAAGACGCGCAAGGUCUCCGGUCCUCGUGCGCUCCAGCCGUCGCAAUGGGGCAUGCUCUGCACUUCGGAUACCCCCGAGGGCGAAGCCUGCGGCUUGGUCAAAAACCUGGCCCUCAUGACGCACAUUACCACCAAUGUCGACGAGGAACCCGUCAAGAGGUGGGUCUUCUCCCUGGACACUGGCGUUGAGCCCAUCAGAAACUUCUCCGGUGCCGAGAUGCAUCGUGAGACGUCGUACGUCAUCCACGUCAACGGCACGCCAUUUGCUCUGACGAGAUACCCAAAGAGAUUUGCCUCGCGAUUUCGCACCAUGCGUCGAAGGGGCUGGAUCUCCCCGUUUGUCAGCAUCAACCUCAACACUCACUUCAACGCUGUUCACAUCGCGACAGACGAGGGCCGCAUUUGCCGACCGUACAUCAUUGUCAAGAACGGCAAGCAGAAGCUCAAGGACGAGCAUCUCCGCCUCUUGCAGCUGGGCAAGGCUUCCUUUGACGACUUCUUGACAAGAGGAGUGGUCGAAUACCUGGACGUCAACGAGGAGCAGGAUGCCCUCGUCACCCUCUACGAAAAGGACAUUACGCAGAGCACCACACACCUGGAGAUUGAGCCCUUCACCAUCUUGGGUGCCGUGGCUGGCGUGAUUCCGUUCCCGCAUCACAACCAAUCUCCCAGAAACACCUAUCAAUGUGCCAUGGGUAAGCAAGCCAUUGGGGCCAUUGCCUAUAAUCAGUUCAACAGAAUCGACACCUUGCUCUACACGUUGGUGUACCCGCAGCGGCCGAUGGUCAUUUCCAAGACUAUCCAGCUGGUACAUUACGACAAGCUUCCGGCCGGUCACAAUGCCACGGUGGUGGUCAUGUCAUACUCGGGAUACGAUAUCGAGGACGCGCUCGUUCUGAACAAGGCCUCGAUCGACAGAGGCUUCGGCCGCUGCCAGGUGUUCCGCAAGUACACCACGGAGCUGCAAAAGUAUCCAAACGGCAGGAGGGAGCGCAUUGGGGAUCCCGUCAACCAGGUCAGCGACGGCACAACGCGCCGCGAGGAGAAGUACGAGGCCCUGGACGACGACGGUUUGGCCACUGUGGGCUAUCGCGUCAAGCAGGGAGAGGUCAUGGUGAAGAAGGAGACACCUCUUGACCUGACAACCACCGGCAUCGGCCUUGAUCGGGGCCCAAGCGAGUACCGCGACUCUGCCGUGUCGUACCGCAUUGCCGACCCCGCUUACAUCGACAAGGUCAUGAUUUCCCAGACGGAAAAGGACACCACCGUCAUCAAGGUGCAGACCAGGCAGACCCGUCGGCCGGAGCUGGGAGACAAGUUUUCGUCUCGCCACGGCCAAAAGGGCGUCGUGGGCAUCAUCGUGGACCAAGAAGACAUGCCGUUUGCCGACAACGGGCUGUGUCCAGACAUCAUCAUGAACCCUCACGGCUUCCCUUCUCGAAUGACAGUGGGUAAGCUGCUGGAAUGCUUGACGGGCAAAGCAUCCAUCAUUGACGGUCGUCCUGACUACGGUUUCGGAGACGCCUUCCGACCCCACCCGGUCAAGGACAUGAGCCAAGUCUUGAUCGACUACGGCUUCUCCUGGCAAGGCAAGGAUUACUUCACGUCAGGUCUGACGGGCGAGCCCCUGGAGGCGUACAUCUUUAACGGUCCCAUCUACUACCAGCGCCUGAAGCACAUGGUCCAGGACAAGAUGCAUUCCCGCUCCCGUGGACCCAGGGCCAUUCUCACGCGGCAACCGACCGAGGGUCGGUCUCGAGACGGCGGGCUGCGUCUCGGGGAAAUGGAGCGUGACUGCCUCAUUGCCUACGGCGCGUCGCAGCUUCUCCUGGAGCGUCUCAUGCUGAGCUCGGACGGGGUCAGCCUGGAUAUCUGCCAGCAGUGCGGUUUGUUCGGGUACAAGGGCUAUUGCAACACUUGCAAGAGCACGAGGCAGGUGACGCAGAUGCAGAUGCCGUACGCGGCCAAGCUUCUCGUGCAGGAAUUGAUCAGCAUGAAUGUUGGUGUGCGUCUUCAGCUGGAAGACGAGUUUCCUCAUCCUCGUUAG